GCUUGCUGAGAACUUCACAUUGCAAACAGUUUUACUCUUUAGUAUCAAUAAGAGGUUGCAAGAGUUCCUUCCUCCAAUCUUCUUUUAAACAUUCUAUCAAUCACUUGGCUGUGGUGAGUGACCAACAGAUUAGUUGAUCCAACAUGGCUACUGAUGAGAGAGCAGGAGCAGAAAUUGUUCGCGGAAAGGAAGCCUGCGAUAAAUAUUCUGUAGAGCUGAUGAAAGAGUUGGGAUUCCCUAGUGGUGUUCUUCCCACAGGAGAGUUAGAAGAAUGCGGGAGAGUGAGAGCCACUGGCUUCGUGUGGUGGAAAUGCAAGGCUGCAUAUGAGCACUUCAAUGUUGUAACCAACACCAAGAACAGCUAUGCCGCCGAGACCACAGCGUAUGUUGAGAAGGGAAGGAUGAAGAAGAUGACGGGCGUGAAGAGCAAGCAGCUUAUGCUGUGGGUUCCCAUCGUGGAGAUGCACAUUGAUGGAAACAAGAUUACCUUCAAGACACCCAUGGGGGUCGGCAAGUCCUUCCCUCUCACCUCUUUCAUGAACGAAGAAGAAAAGAAGGAGUAUCUCCAACAAAACUAAUCAGUACUAAUCACUAGACAUUCCCCGGUGGCAUGAUCCAUCAUCCUCAACUCGAUCUAGCUAUUAUUACUCUUAUGUAUUAUCGAUGCAAUUUACUUGAAUACUUAUUUAUUUCCCUUAGUUUCCUUUCAUCAUCACUUAAUCAAUUAAUAAGAAUUGGACUACUA